AUGAACCGCCGACCAAGCGCCCUUACCGUCCGCCGCAGGUCCUCCGUUAUCCCCGCAGCCCAGCUCACACGGCGCGCAUCCGCCAUCUCUAACGCCGAGUCCGGCUACGAUGAAGCCGCGCUGACCGCCGACCAAGCCAUCCACGAAGAAAUUGACGAGAUCAAGAGAUAUGAGGACUUCACCACGAUCGAUUGGGUCCAAGAUGCGGCUCGUGAGCAGCUCCGGCGCAAAGCUCGGCGGCAGGAGGCUGCGGGCUUCUUCGAGCGCAAUGGCCGCCUAGGAUGGCGGAGGAAGCUGUGGGAGUCGUAUGAUGCUGGGCAGGCUUGGAUCGUGGUCACGCUCAUUGGGGCUGCAAUCGGUCUGAAUGCGGCUUUCCUCAAUAUCGUUACGGAGUGGCUGUCGGACAUGAAACUUGGAUAUUGUACAACAGCAUUCUAUCUGAAUGAGAGCUUCUGCUGCUGGGGAGCGGAGAGUGGGUGUGCGGAGUGGCACAGAUGGAGUUCGUUUUGGCCUGUAAAUUAUCUGUUUUAUAUCGUCUUCUCUGCUGUCUUUGCGUUCAGUGCGGCACGCCUGGUGAAGUCGUUCGCACCGUAUGCCGCUGGGUCUGGCAUUUCUGAGAUUAAAUGCAUCAUUGCGGGUUUCGUUAUGAAGGGGUUCCUCGGUCCUUGGACCUUACUCAUCAAAUCUAUCAGCCUACCUCUAGCCAUCGCCUCUGGUCUCUCCGUGGGCAAAGAAGGUCCCAGCGUUCAUUAUGCUGUAUGCACAGGCAACGUCAUCUCGCAAUUCUUCGCAAAGUACAAGCGCAAUGCUUCGAAGACUCGGGAGAUCCUAAGCGCCUGUGCCGCCGCUGGCGUUGGAGUCGCCUUUGGAAGCCCAAUCGGUGGUGUGCUCUUCUCGUUGGAGGCAAGUGGGUCCUCCAGUGAGAUCGAAAUGUCAAAUUACUUCCCCCUAAAGACAAUGUGGAGAAGCUACUUCUGCGCACUAGUCGCGACGGCUGUCCUCGCGGCCAUGAACCCGUUCCGCACAGGACAGCUCGUCAUGUUUCAGGUCAAGUAUGAUCGGGACUGGCACUUCUUCGAGACCAUCUUCUACAUUAUUAUCGGCAUCUUUGGCGGCCUGUACGGAGCUUUUGUUAUCAAGUGGAACCUGCGCGCGCAAGCCUUUCGGAAGAAGUAUCUCGCCAAAUACCCCAUUAUGGAAGCGACGAUUUUGGCUGUCGUGACGGCCAUCAUUUGUUAUCCGAACAUGUUUCUGCGUAUAGACAUGACAGAGAGCAUGGCGAUCCUGUUCCUUGAGUGUGAAGGCGACCAUGACUACGAUGAGCUAUGCGAACGACAGAACCGCUGGCGGAUGAUCAUGUCCCUCGCUCUGGCCACUGUCAUCCGGACCGGCCUUGUUAUCGUCUCAUACGGCUGCAAAGUGCCCGCAGGUAUCUUCGUUCCGUCAAUGGCCAUCGGCGCUUCCUUUGGUAGAAUGGUCGGCAUCUUUGUCGAAGCUCUCCACGAAUCCUUUCCCAGCUCGCAAUUCUUCGCUGCAUGUAAGCCAGACGUGCCGUGCAUCACGCCUGGAACGUAUGCAUUCCUGGGAGCUGGUGCAGCUCUGAGUGGAAUCAUGCACAUCACGGUAUCCGUGGUGGUCAUCAUGUUUGAGCUCACUGGCGCGCUCACUUACAUCCUGCCGACGAUGAUCGUGGUCGGAGUCACCAAGGCUGUUGGCGAACGUUUCGGUAAGGGAGGCAUUGCAGAUCGAGCCAUCUGGUUCAAUGGUUUUCCGUUCCUCGACAACAAGGAAGAGCACAUCUUCGGCGUGCCUGUCUCGCAAGUAAUGACGACUAACGUCACGAGCCUACCGUCCUCCGGUUUGGAACUCCGGGACGUGGAGAAGAUCAUGACCGAGAACAUCUUCCAAGGCUACCCCAUCGUCGAAGGCCGUCAGAGCAGAACAUUAAUAGGCUACAUCGGCCGCACAGAGUUGCGCUACGCAAUCGAUCGCGCAAAGCGAGACCAAAUGGUCCCGCAGAGCGCAAAGUGCUACUUCACGCCCCCAACUGUACGGCCUGCCACUACGCCCUCUGCCACCGUCCCCGCCGUAACCUUCGACACCAUCGCCGCAACCUCCGCCCAGAUGGCCGUCGACUUCAGCCGCUUCAUUGACCCCACACCUCUCUCCGUCCACCCGCGCCUCCCGCUCGAGACGGUCAUGGAGGUCUUCAAGAAGAUGGGCCCGCGGGUCAUAUUGAUCGAGUACCGCGGCAAGCUGACUGGUCUAGUGACAGUCAAGGACUGCCUUAAGUACCAGUUCAAGGUCGAAGCGCACGAGAACCCAAGGGAUGAAGGCGCGGUGCAGGAGGCGCAGGAAAAGCUGUGGGGAUGGAUGAGCAGGGCGGGGGCACGGAUUGCGGGCAAGGUCUUUGGCGUAAGUCGUGGAAGGCUUGAACUGGGCGAUGGUAACGUUGGUAGGGGAGGGAGCAGCAGCUUGAUGCCGCCGAGUAGUCCUGGGAGUCGGGAUGGGAGGGGGCUUGAGGGGAGGAGUGCGGGUCCGGCGGUUGAGCUGGAGGAUAGAGGGGGAUAG